UACUGGAUCCGUAUCCAGUUCAAACGAUCCCUGGUCAUCAGCAUUCGGGUGUGUAUCCUUCAUCGAGUUAUGUUAGUACUAAUUGCAAAUUCUACAACCAUCGUAUACGUGCAAUAAUGCUGUAAGAUCACACAAACCUAAUGAUUACUAAGGGUUGUGUGUACACGUAUACUGAUUUGUUGUUGUGAUUAUUGAUUGCACUAGUUUUAGGACCAUGACACGGAAGUCUUCUAAGCGACAGCCCACUCGGUCAGAGGCAGAAAACCGUGAGCCCCCUUCGGAAGAGGAUAUUGACGACGAUGAGGGUGCGCCGUUUCAGGAAGAAGAAAGUCCAGCCACAACACGACAAUUCAAGGACAUACAACAACCAGUGCGCACUAAAAUGGCAGCAACCAGUGUCAACGGUGUAAAGAUUAUAUCGGGCAAACAAGAGGCCAAAGCGCGCGAGUUUGUGCGCACAUUCCUCAGAAAUACAGAGCUUUCUCUAAAUUAUAGACUGGUGGAAACCACACUCCGACUACGAAGUAUAGAAUGGUAG